AUUAGAAGGGAUAGUGUGGUCAGCACUAAGCUUUCCCUAACGUUAGUCAAGUACCUAUCGGAGCUGGGUGGACUCAAGGACGUUCUAGCAACUCUCUUGAAUGGUGAAGAUGAAAGUGUUCGUUAGAUUGUUGUUUGGUGUUGCCGUGACCAUUCAGUCUACACAUGCAGCCCCAGAAUGCCCGAGUGAAGACUGGAUCAAAUCUACCAAACACUGCUACUACCUACAGAAAAACGAAUCAACAUGGAGGGAGGCCCAAAGAUUUUGCUACAUAUUCGGCUCCAACCUGGCCAGUUUACAUUCAGAAGAAGAGAUCGCUUUUUUAAAUACCAAGCUGUUCGGAAAGUUUCAGACCCUGUGGAUAGGUUUUUAUACGCCGUUUCAAGACGACAAUUGGAAGUGGUUCGACGGUACAGACGCCAAAUUUACGAGCUGGGUCGCUGGUCAGCCUAAAGUCUACACAGAAGACUGUGCUGCUACAUAUGUAACUACAGGUAAAUGGCAUGACUUUCACUGCGACACUAAACUCUACAGUAUUUGCAAGAUGGCUGUGCUUCAAAGCACAGUUCAAAAUGGAACUUCCGAAUGCCCAAACAAAAGUUGGUUCAAAUCGACCCAGUAUUGCUACUUCAUCUACAAGCGACAAUUGAAGUGGACUGAAGCACAAGAGUACUGCUCAGCCGUUGGCGCGAACCUUGCCAGUUUACAUUCAGAGGAGGAAAUAGCCUUCAUUAGACCACAGAUGAACGGAAACGCGUAUUAUCAUUGGAUAGGUCUACACAGGGCGUCAAACGGCAAAUGGCAGUGGAUCGAUGAAACUGAGAUUAAAUUUACUCGAUGGGACUCUGGUCAGCCUCAGCUCAGCAUUGUCAGCUGUGCUGCCACACACACCACCCUAGACAAAUGGAGUAGCGAGCCUUGCUUCACGCAGAAAAAUGGUUUGUGUAAGAAAGUUCUAGCAGUGAUGUCACGUAAUGCUGCCACUACUGCCUACUCCCAGCAAUGUUUGGCCACCAAAGAUUUCAGCUCGCUGUUUAUCUUCUCACUAUUUUUGGCUUUUUUCUGCUACGAUUUAUAAAGGAGGAUGACGUAAAGAAGUAGAGUGUGCAUGUCGCGUCACUAUCAGUUUUAGAAGUCCGG